AUGGCAUCAUCCAUGUUGCACUAUCUUGGUUUUGGUGCCAAUUCCAAAGCAUCAGGCAACCCGCCACCAGCCCAGCAGACCCCUGUCCGGGCUUUACCCGCGUCAUGGUACACUUCUAAGGAGAUGUACGAGCUUGAGCGCCGAGCCAUCUUCUCACGUCGAUGGCUAUUCAUGACACAUAGUUCACGAGUCAAGGGCCCAGGUGACUGGCUUCGCUACAACGUAGCUGGCUACGACGUGAUCAUAGUCCGGGACCGUGCGGAUAAUAUCAAUGCAUUCCACAAUGUGUGUCGACACCGAGCUUACCCAGUUAUCGAAAAAGAGAAACAAGGAACAGCCAUGAUCUUGGCGUGUCGGUACCAUGGCUGGUCAUACGGGUUGAAUGGCAAACUUGCUAAAGCCACUGGUUUCAAAGACAUCAGUGAAUUUGAGAAGGAUCAAAAUGGGUUGCUCCGCAUUCAUACCAAGAUCGACACCAACGGAUUCAUCUGGAUCAACAUGGACUCGAAGGAAGAACCAGAAGUGUCCUGGGAAGAGCACUUCAAGAACGUCGACAUCCAAGAUAGAUACGAGCCUCUGAAUUUUGAUGACUAUGAGCUCGAUCAUUCAUACGAGCUGGACGGCGACUUCAACUGGAAGAUAUUGGCAGACAAUUUUAACGAGUGCUAUCAUUGUCCCACCACACACGCAGAUAUACCCACUUUCCUCAACCUUGAUUCGUUCGACAGCAAUCUAAAGGAUGGACACAUACAGCAUGAGUGCGAGUACAAUACUGAGCAGUUGGAAAGAGGGUUGAAUGUCUCGAGCACGUACUAUUUCCCAAACGUCUCCAUGUCCAUUUCACCUCACUUCAUGAUGAUCCAGAAGUUCUUCCCUUUUGGACCCAAAAGGUCAUUGAUGCAUUACGAGGUAUACCGCAACAAGCACUCCUCGGAGGAGGACUUCAAACUCAUCAGCAGCACCUACGCCCGGGUCAUGGCUGAAGACAAGGUACUUUGUGCCAACGCGCAGAAGAAUAUCAACGCGGGUGUCUUCGUUAAUGGUCAGCUGCACCCGAAAUAUGAGAAAGCACCCAUCUUCUUCCAGAGCACCUGCCGCAAUGUGAUCGCUGAGCAUUACAAACGCGAGAAAGAAGAAGGUCGCGAGAUCUGGGCGGCGAGACAGCAGCUGCCAGAGAACGCCACGGUCAGCCAGGAGGAUAUUGAUAUUUGCCAGGGUCUCACCUGUGGAUCUCAGAAAGACACGGGGCUUGCUUGGUGAUAAGACAGGAUAACUAUCUAUAUUUGGGUAUGAUAAGACUACAAUGAGAUAAAGUUUCAAGCUACAGCACCAGGCUUGAAUAUUGAAGAAUGUAUUGGCGGCGUGUACUGGCUCCGUAAUAAAGAUUGUCUAAAACUUGAAAUACCCCUUAUAUUCUCUGCACCCAUUCUAAACUUCUUCAACAUCAGUCGCCGGAAAUAUAUGACCAACCCUUGAGUUUCAUAGCUCAAGCCACGUCAUUGCGGUUAUGAUAUGAUUUGAUUUUUUCAGUUGUCCCAAUGACAUGGCUUGUCCUACUGAUUUAGGUUUUACUUUAGCGCGAAGAUCACUUUCACCUCCCCACCUUUUCUUAAUUCUAACCCCCACAGUUCCAUAUGGUGCAUAACCAACAUAAUUUCGAAAGGAUACAACAUAACUGACGGAUUGUUAUUGAUAUGCGAUUCAGAUAC